GUUCCGGCGCCCCCCAUGGUGCAGCUCCCGAGCAUGGGGAAGCGGCAGCACGCGGAGACGGCAGAGCCGGCCAUGCCGCCGCCGCCGCUGGUGCCGUCGGCGGCUGCCGUGAAGAUGGAGGCGGAGGAUGUUGGCUACGACGGGCACGGGCCGUUCGGCAAGCGCGCCAGGGCGGCCCUGCCCUCGCCGCCCCCGCAGCAGGACAUGUACCAAAAUGUGCUUGACGAACCUAGCCCAUUGGGUCUGCGCCUGAAAAAAAGCCCAUCGCUGUUGGAUUUGAUUCAGAUGAGGCUUUCUCAAGCAAAUUCCAAUGCAGGACAGUCCUCUACUGAUGACUGCAGUGCUGAGCCUUCCAAGAAGAAAGAUCUUAAAUCUGGUGCAUCGUCAGCUGGUGAACGGUUGAAAGCUUCAAACUUCCCUGCAAGUGCAUUGAAAAUCGGUACAUGGGAGUAUAUAUCGCGAUAUGAAGGUGAUUUGGUUGCAAAAUGUUACUUUGCGAAGCAUAAGCUUGUAUGGGAAGUUCUGGAAAGUGGUCUUAAGAGUAAGAUAGAAAUUCAGUGGUCGGAUAUUACUGCUUUGAAGGUAACUUGCCCUGAAAAUGGAGUAGGAUCGUUGGAUGUGGUGCUGGCCCGACCACCUCUCUUUUUCAAAGAGACAGAUCCUCAACCAAGAAAACACACAUUGUGGCAGGCGACUUCAGAUUUCACUGGUGGCCAAGCAAGCUUGAACAGGCGGCAUUUUCUGCAGUGCCCUUCAACCUUGCUAGGCAAGAAUUUUGAAAAGCUUGUACAGUGUGAUCAGCGGCUUAAUCAAUUGAGUCAACAACCGGAUAUUAUCUUGGACUCUCCAGUUUUUGAAACUAGAUGUUCUAUAUUUGAAGAUCCGGUGGAGUUGAAGUGUCAUGAUUUUGCUAAUUUGAAAGAUGAACAUGGAGAUUUACCUGGGUUUUCAGGUUCUGUGUCACCAUGUGCUGGUUCAUCUAUGUCUGCUAAGAAUGAAGCAAAUGAUUGUUUUGGGAAGCAACCUGCAUUUAUCGCUCAGACAGUAAACCCAGGUGCAGGAGCUAGUGCUGUGAAUGUACACGCAGUCAGCAGAAAUGCAAAUGGUGUAGCCCAAGAAUUUAAUAUCCCCAACUGGUGGAGUCAAUUGAAAGUGCCUGGGCUUAGACCAUCAAUGUCAGUGGAUGAUCUGGUCAGCCACCUAGGAAAUUGCAUAAACGAGCAGAUCACUUCAGGCAAUCCUUCAAUGUCCAACAAUGAGGUGCCUACAAAAGAAUCGUUGGAGGAGAUUGCACAGUACCUUCUCGGCGAUACACAGGGCCCUCAGGCCCCAGCCUCCGAUGAGCGACUGAUGGCAAGGGUGGACUCACUUUGCUGUUUGCUUCAGAAAGAUACAGUGCCGACGGCCAAACCAAAACCCGAGCCAAACGAUAGCGGUAGCCUUGGUGGGGAGGACUCGGAUGGUUCAGAUGAUGAAUUUAGCUCAGCAUCAACGAGGAAGACUGCAGAUGCCAGUCAUCCACCUGCCAUGUCUAGAAAGGACUCAUUUGGAGAUCUGCUGAUGAACCUGCCUCGCAUCGCCUCGAUUCCGCAGUUCCUAUUCAAGAUACCAGAGGAUUCUGAGAACUGAAGCUGCAUGGCUUGCUCUCCUCUUUCACAGAUGAGUGAAGUCACUGUAAAAAUUGUACCUCAGCAAUAAGUAAGCCCCUUGUCUUGUCUCUGAUUCAGCAAGCUGUGCUAGUUUCCUUCCCGCCUGUAAAUGUGACCCAGUAGGUUCCUUGAGCUGUCUGUAUGUUUCAUGAUUUAAAUGGGUAAUCGAAGAUUGAUUGUUGGUUCUUUUAA